AAAGCAUUUUUUAAAUGUGCACUUUUUUGCAUUCCGUUCUCGUAGAAAGGUUAAAAUGGGCUGGGGUGCGGAGCGCCGAGGAGGCGGAGAAGGGAUAUACGUCUCAGGAUACAGGAAAUACGGUAACAGCGAAACCAGGAGGAAGCCAGCCCUGUGCCUGGAGGGGAUCCGCCAUCUCAGAUCUCGGCCUUGCGCAGGGCCCACCAGAGGAAAUUAACGCUCUGGUCCUGUCAUACCUAUGGGGGACCAACCUUGUGCCUCCGGGAGAUCCACGCUCCCACCAGGAAACACGCGGGAACCCAAGCCUCCAAAAAAGCGCUGUGUCCUGGCUCCGCGGUGGGAUUAUCCUGAAGGGACUCCCAGUGGAGGUAGUACCACUCUCCCCUCGGCGCCUCCUCCGGCAUCUACUGGACUCAAGUCGCACCCUCCUCCUCCGGAGAAGUAGUGAAAUAGAUUUUUUUCCCAGCCGAAAUCAGUCUGUGAGGGAUUGCAGUAUGGCUCCAUUUCCUUGGUGCGUUUGUAAAAUAGUUUACCCAUUGAAGACCAUGAAGAUUCUUUCCAAUGCUACCCUGCUUUUGCUGGUGUCCUGCACCCGGAAGUUGUGAUGCUAAAGUAUUAUGAUGUAAUGACUGUGAUUUCACCUCCAGAAUUUGGAUGACUCUAGGACAUGGGCAAGAUCAGGUUGUAGACUUCUAGGACUGAAGGCCAUGGUGUGUGUGGAUCAUGGUCAACUCACCAAAGCAAGUAAUGUCCUUGAGAUGACCCUGCAGAAGCUUGUCAUUGCUCUCUUUUGUUGACACCCAGUCUUUGCUGUAUUACAUUAAAGUUGCAUAAAUCCAUUAAUGUCCAAAUAAAUUGUGUCUUAUGACAACGUUAGAGCUAUA